AUGAGCACGAGCGAGGACGAAGAUCUUCUUCCGGUACGUCACGCCUACUCUCCCCCGUCUGGCUUUGUGCCAUUGUCGUCGGGAAGUCUGGACUGGGGACGGCAGCAUGAGGGGGAAUUGACGCACGCGGAUUCAUUGGCAUGUGGUUUUGUGCUUGAACCGUUGUCCUGUUUCAGCGGUGGUCUGUGGAGCUCUGCGGUAGUGGAUUCCAAGUCCAGUCCAAGUCCAGUCCAAGUCCAGUCCAAGUCCAGUCCAAGUCCAGUCCAAGUCCAGUCCAAGUCCAGUCCAAGUCCAGUCCAAGUCCAGUCCAAGUCCAGUCCAAGUCCAGUCCAAGUCCAGUCCAAGUCCAGUCCAAGUCCAGUCCAAGUCCAGUCCAAGUCCAGUCCAAGUCCAGUCCAAGUCCAGUCCAAGUCCAGUCCAAGUCCAGUCCAAGUCCAGUCCAAGUCCAGUCCAAGUCCAGUCCAAGUCCAGUCCAAGUCCAGUCCAAGUCCAGUCCAAGUCCAGUCCAAGUCCAGUCCAAGUCCAGUCCAAGUCCAGUCCAAGUCCAGUCCAAGUCCAGUCCAAGUCCAGUCCAAGUCCAGUCCAAGUCCAGUCCAAGUCCAGUCCAAGUCCAGUCCAAGUCCAGUCCAAGUCCAGUCCAAGUCCAGUCCAAGUCCAGUCCAAGUCCAGGUCCAGUCCAAGUCCAGUCCAAGUCCAAGUCCAAGUCCAAGUCCAAGUCCAAGUCCAAGUCCAAGUCCAAGUCCAAGUCCAAGUCCAAGUCCAAGUCCAAGUCCAAGUCUCCAAGUCCACAUUCCAAGUCCACAGUCCAAGUCCAAGUCCAAGUCCACAGUACAAGUCAACAGUCCAAGUCCAGUCCAGUUGAAAGAUUCUGAUUUAUUCCACACAUUUGUCCCGAAUCAUUACCAACUCGAAUAA